AUGGCUUCGGUGGGCCCUGCUGCGGCGCCAAGGGACCUGGGGGCGUCGCUGGGCAGGCUGCAGGCCAAGUUGGAGGGCGCGGCCGUGCGCAAAACGAAGGACUGGUUCGAGGGCUACUUGAGGCACGUCAUCACGUACAGGGGCGUGAAGACGGCCGUCAUUCGACGGCUCUUGGGGGAGUGGUGUACGGAGGAGGGCCUGGGGCUGGAGGAGCAGAAACGGCUUGCAUACAUGCUCAUGAAGUCUGAAUACGCCGAGGACAAGUUUGCUUCUGCGAUCAUGCUCCAAAGCAAGCUCAUUCCUGGAGGCGUGAUUGCCUGGCAAGACGACCUGCCCAUUUUUGCUGGCUUUUUCGAUGAUGGACACAUCUGGGAUUGGAGCACGUGCGAUUGGUUUUGUAUCCGUGUUCUUGGAAUGCUUGUUGAAAGGCAGCAAGGUCCCAUAGAAAGGGAAAGGUGUGCUAGGAGCAUCGGUGACUGGCGCGAUGCCGAGAAUCUCUGGAGGAGAAGGGCGGCUUGUGUCUCCUUUGUUUACCUUGCGAAACGCGGCAAUGAGUUCUUCCCUGGCUUCCAAGAUAUGCUGCUGGCCAUCUGCAGCUCAACGAUACGCAGUCCCGAGCGAUUUCAUCAGACGGGGACGGGAUGGCUGCUGCGCGAAAUAGGGACAGCGGACAAGCACUGCUUGCUGACCUUUUGUGAACUGCACAUCGAGUUCUUCAGUUCGGAGGGACUGCGGUAUGCAUUGGAGAAGGUUCCCAAGGCAGAGCGGAACAGAUUUUUGAACAAAUUCAAGGCUAGUGGGGCCGCUCAGGGACUCGAUGCAAGAAAACAGGGCGCCAAACGAAAACAGGAAGAACGGUAG